AUAAUUCUUAAAAUAUUUUUUUCUGUACUUUUAUCAUUUUUCAAUUCGCUUAUUUUGUGAAAUUUUAUAAGUUGCAAUUUUUUGUCGUAAAAAUAUUAGCGAUUUAUUUGAACAAACACAAAAAAAAUAAAAAGAAGUGAAUAAAAAAUAAAAACUUGAAAAAAUUGUGAAUGUAAGAAGAAAAGAUAAAGAAAAAAAAAUAUGAGCACACAGUGAAGCAAGAAAAAAAAAAUAAAGUAAAAAUUUGUGAUUAAAGCGAAAAAUGGCGCAUGGACUUAAUACAGUAAUAAAAAGUGAAAUUGAGUGCAAUAGCAAGCCGAAAAAUUUUCAAGGAAUGGAACAAACUGCGAAACCUGCCGCCACGAAAAUGGGUUCGCGUCGAAUUUUCACGCCGCAAUUCAAGUUGCAAGUGCUCGAAUCGUAUCGCAACGACAACGAUUGCAAGGGAAAUCAGCGAGCGACGGCACGAAAAUACGGAAUUCAUCGUCGCCAGAUCCAAAAGUGGCUGCAAGUCGAGAAUAAUUUGCGGAGCGUCGUCGCAAACAGUGCCAAUCAUCAUCAAUUUCACAACAACAACAAUAGUACUAAGCAAAUUCUACUUAAUAAUAAUAAUAACAACAACAACAACAACAAUAACUCUGAAAUGAUGAAAAUAAUUUCUGCAACGACCGACACUGCAAUAACUAGACAUCGCGUCGUCGUUGGCAGCAAUAAUCACAACGGAGCGCAUAAAAAUUCUUCAGCAACGAAAUUCAAGACACAUCCGUACAGCAACAGCAGCAACGGCACGACUUUAACGAAUGGCAGCGGUGGUGGCUUUAUUUCGCCCGUUCUCGCAUACGGCGUCGAUCAACCGGCUAUUUCAUUCGCACACCAUCCAUACCAUCAUCCGCAUCAUCAUCAUCAUCAUCAACAUCAUCGCAUGGCACCUACACCAUCAAACGUCUACGAAUACGAGUCUGCGUCGUCGUCGUCAGCAAGUCUCUCGAAUCUCGCGCACUUUAACGGGCUCCGAAAUGGCUCUGCCGCGUAUCCCGCUUUUGUGAGUCCCCCAGCAGCUGCCUCUUACAUGGGAGUUAUCAAGCCUGAACCUCAUUUACCUGUGCCAAUGCUUCCAACGACGUCCUUCCUCGCUGCUGAUCCGCAUUAUUAUCCGACUCCCGUGCCCUCAGCGACACCUCUGCCCAUCCCCGUGUACCCCACACCCUCGCCAACUGUCAAAUCCGAGGGCGAAGUGAAACUUUCCGACGAAUCUGCGAUCGAUUUGUCAAUGCCGCAGCAUCUCAAACGUAUUAUUAGCGCCGAAAGUAGGACACCGUCGCCAUACGACGCGAAAUGGGUGAAUAUCGCGAACAACGAAACAUCCGUCACAGCUCAACUUGCAACUGACGCGAUCGAUUUGACAUGCAAAAAACGCAAACUCGACGAUGAAAACGACGAAGAUGCAACACCGCCGGCAAAAACACCGAAACUCUUCAAGCCGUACUUGUUGGAAGAUGACGCCGAAAAAUCAGAGGGGUUUAAAAAAAACUUCACAAGCUCUGACGAUGGACUUCAUCGUCAGAAAGACGCGAUCAUUUGGAACAAUCAUUCGGCCUUCAGUCAAUACGAGUCUUCUUCGUCUUCGUAUCGUACGCCCGAAAGUCAAUUUAGCCCAAACUCGUCGAAUUACACGGCGAGUCCGCCAUAUACCAUGAGCCCAUAUUGCGAAGUGCCUUAUGUUCAUCACCCACCGCAAUCGAGUCCCGUAUCGGGAUAUGAAAGUUCGACUUCUUCCAUUUACAGCGACGAAUCGCCGCCAACGGCGUACAGUAUUGCCUUCAAAUUGCAAGACAUGGACAACCAUUUUCACUCGACAACGAGGAAUUCUACGAUGAUUUAUGCGUAAGUUUCGUCAGAGUGAAAAUUUUUUCUAAAAAAAAAAAAUAUUCGUAUUAAAAUAUUAAUUUUUAAGUUAAAAAAAAUGUGAUAAAUUAAAAUUAAUAUUAAAAAACGUAAAAUAAUUUAAAAAUAAGAAAAGACUUGACAAAAGCAGCAAAAAAUUAUUCUUAUAAAAAAAAAAUAAUUAAUUAACGUCUAAAAAAUUAAUAAUUAGUACCUUCAAAUAAUAAGCAAUCAAUAGAAAUAUAUUUAAAAAAAAUAUUCUCUGCCGAGAUAAAUUCCCGCAUAGCAUAGAUGUAUAAUUAAAACGUCAUAAUCUUGAUAAGAAGCGAUAGAAAACUUAAUAACAGAUUAGAUUCUGCUGGAAUUUAGUUUUAAAAAAAUAUUUCGCAACAAGAUAAAUAUAAAACGUCACCACAUUGGAAUUUGUUUCGGCAGAAAAGUUAUUUAAAAUUAAAAAGACGCCAUAUUAAAAUAGUUUUUAAGAUCAGACAAAUCAGAUAAGGGAUCAAAAUAUCAAAAUUGACAAUCAAAAGUCAGGUUCAAAAAAAAAUUUUUUUUGUAAUAAAUUGUAAAUAUAAGAUUUGUAAAUUUUUAAGAAUCAAAAAAAUAUUAGGAGCAAUAUUAUGU